GCGAGACUUCAAGUGGCGCGAAUAAAUAAGAGGACAUCUGGCAAACGAAGCUUCUGAGGAAUUGUUUCCUGUUUUCCGAAAACAUUUAAUCAUAUUUCGUUUGUCUGUUGUUUUUAUAAACCUACAAAAAGGUUGUUUUAGUUCAUAAAUCGAAACUAUGUCGGACUGUUUGUCAGAAGACGGCAUCAACCAGGAGGAGGCGGAGGACGACGUCUUGACUCCGGCGAAGCUGAUCUCUAAACUGGAAGAAGCUUGGCUGAAUGAGAAGUUCUCCCCGGAGCUGCUGGAGAACAGGUCGGAGAUGGUGGAGUGUGUGAUGGAGCAGCUGACUCACAUGGAAUCCAACUUGCAGCGAGUAAAAGCGGGCGAUGCUAUGGCCAGUGUUCAUCGCAUGGAAGUAGACAGGAUUCGUUUUGUCCUCAGCAGCUACCUGCGUUCUCGUCUGCAGAAGAUUGAAAAGUUUUUCCCUCACGUCCUGGAAAAAGAAAAGUCUCGAGCCGAUGGACAGCCGUCUCUGCUGUCUCCUGAGGAGUUUGCCUUUGCCAAAGAGUACUACGCCAACACAGAAAGCUACCUAAAGACUGUAGCGUUGAAACGCAUGCCGGCCAACCUACAGACUGUAGAUAUGCUGAAAGCAGUGCCUGAGCCCUGCUUGGACUCCUUUGUUUUUCUGCGAGUGAAGGAGAGGCAAGAAAAUAUUUUUGUCGAACCUGAAACGGACGAUCAAAGAGAGUAUGUUGUGGAUCUCGAGGAGGGCUCCCAGCACUUGAUGCGUUAUCGCACCAUAGCGCCGCUCGUUUCCAGCGGAGCCGUGCAGUUAAUUUGAACUUGGAGGGUUGUUUGUGGGCUAUUUUUUUUGCUGCAGGAGAUCAUAAACCUGAGUGCCUGAUUUCCACCUGUGCUGUAAUAAAGAAAGAACUGAUUUAUCACAGAAAUUACACCAGGAAACACAAACUGCUUCCUCACUGUCACCUGGAAAAGACACUAACUUGUGUGACAUAAACAUCUGGGGCUUCAGAAGUGAAGAUCAGGAUUGAACCAGCUUUUGUACUGGUGCUAUUUUUAGACAGUGUUUCUGUGUGUGAUGUUUAUUUUUUUAUGUUUGUGAAACAAUAUUAUGUAGUAAUUUAUCACAUUCUCUCCUUUUGUCAUCGUAUCAAAUCAUCCACGACUCAAUAACCAAAUGACUUGCAGGAGAUUUGUUAUCGGUUCACUUGGCAUCAGUGCUCCUGUCCUUUUAGGUUGCACAUGUCCAUGUGUGUGCGUUUGUGUUGAAGACUGUUAUUCAUGUAAAUACUGAAUGUGUAGUUGUAGUUUGGAAGAAUUUAUGGGACAAACAUCAUCUUCCGUGAGCUAUAAUUGUUGCAACGUUGUUAUGUAAGCACUUCAGAGGGUGCAAUCAGUGCUUAUUGUUUGCCCCAACACAAAUUGCUCAGUAAUUGGAACUAAUAAAAAGCAGAAAGGCCAGUGGGCUUAUCUGAACAGAUUUGA